AUGUACUGCGAGCAAGGCUAUCUCGAUCUACCUGUUCCUGCUGAUAUCAUAUCUAAUAGCACGCAUACUUUUGAUCAUGGAUAUCAACUAAUGGCCGACAUUCUCUUCGAGGCCUUUCGUCAGGCUAAUAAAAGGGGUUUCUUACAGCCACCUGAGAAGAACGGCGUCCCGGAUGAUGGGGAGCUGGAGAGGAUCAAUGAGCAGUUGUUGUUCGAGCCGCAUUAUCCCAAGCUGAAUAAAGAUACGGAUAAGCCCGAGAAAUGUGUAGAUGCUAUAGAAAAGGACAUCGCGGACACCAAGGCGCAGACUGUUGGCAACGUCAAUGCUGGAAGUACCGCGAAUACCACGACUGUGAACAUUGCAGACACCAAGACUGGAGAUGCUACAGGGAGUACAGCAAUCACUACUGACACGAAGGCUGGCACAGUCGUAGGAAUUACAGCAACUACCACUGUCGACACUAAGAUUGAAACCGUCGCCGAUGUCGAAGUUCUUCCAAAGGUGAAUACAAUCGUGGGUACUAACGUUGGAGCCACUGUUGUCGACAAACAGGCCAUCGAAACCAUGGGAACGACAACCAACACCGAGGUGGCCACCAAACCUAUCUUAGGAAACACGGCGACGUGCCCCUUGGAAAUCAAAACUGAAAAUGUCGUAUAA